GGCAGUCCCCCACACUGGACCCACGCUGGUCACAUGCCAUGUGGCGCCUCAGCGGUCGUCGGGGAUUGUGCGCGGUACAGCGACUGAGCUGCGGAGCGCACCACAAAGUGUGGAGGGGGAGGAGUGAUCAAGCCUGUGAACGAGCUCUGCAGUAUAAAGUGGGCGAAAAGAUCCACGGCUUCACCGUCAAGCAGGUCACUCCUGUCCCUGAACUGUUCCUGACAGCGGUAAAGCUCAGCCAUGACAAUACGGGAGCCAGAUACCUGCACCUGGCGCGGGAGGACAAAAACAACUUAUUCAGUGUCCAGUUCCGGACGACCCCGAUGGACAGCACUGGAGUCCCCCAUGUUCUUGAGCAUACAGUCCUCUGUGGUUCUCAGAAGUAUCCAUGCAGAGAUCCUUUCUUCAAAAUGCUCAACAGGUCAUUGUCCACAUUUAUGAAUGCCUUCACAGCUAGCGACUAUACGAUGUAUCCGUUCUCCACACAAAAUCCCAAAGAUUUUCAGAACCUCCUUUCAGUGUAUCUGGAUGCGACUUUCUUCCCAUGCUUGAGGGAACUGGACUUCUGGCAGGAAGGAUGGCGUCUGGAACAUGAGAAUCCAAGUGACCCUCAGUCUCCCUUGAUCUUUAAAGGAGUCGUCUUUAAUGAGAUGAAAGGGGCGUUUACAGACAAUGAGAGGAUAUUCUCCCAGCACCUGCAGAACAAGCUUCUUCCUGACCAUACAUACUCUGUGGUCUCGGGCGGGGACCCACUGUGCAUCCCAGAGCUCACGUGGGAGCAGCUGAAAGAGUUCCAUGCGACUCACUAUCACCCAAGCAAUGCCAGGUUCUUCACGUACGGCAACUUUCCGCUGGAACAGCACCUGAAGCAAAUUCAUGAAGAGGCCCUGAGUAAAUUUCAGAAAAUGGAGCCUAGUACAGCCGUGCCGGCCCAGCAGCACUGGGACAAGCCUAGAGAAUUCCAUAUAACAUGCGGCCCAGACUCGUUAGCUACGGAUGCCUCUAAGCAAACUACUGUCAGCGUUAGCUUCCUCUUACCAGACAUCACUGACACCUUUGAAGCCUUCACGCUGAACCUUCUGUCUUCCCUCCUGAUUUCUGGGCCUAAUUCCCCCUUUUACAAAGCUUUGAUUGAAUCUGGACUCGGCACAGACUUUUCCCCUGAUGUUGGAUACAAUGGCUACACGAGGGAGGCUUACUUCAAUGUUGGCCUCCAAGGGAUUGCUGAGAAAGAUGUCAAGACCGUCAGAGAGAUCAUAGACAGGACAAUCGAAGAAGUUAUUGAGAAAGGAUUUGAAGAUGAUCGGAUUGAAGCUUUACUUCAUAAAAUCGAAAUCCAGAUGAAGCAUCAGUCUACCAGCUUUGGCCUGGCGCUGACGUCAUAUAUAGCCUCUUGCUGGAAUCAUGACGGGGACCCCGUGGAGCUCCUGCAGAUGGGAAAUCAGUUGACUAAAUUUAGGCAGUGCCUUAAGGAAAAUCCAAAAUUUUUACAAGAAAAAGUAGAGCAGUAUUUUAAGAACAAUCAGCAUAAGAUGACUUUAUCCAUGAAACCGGAUGACAAAUAUUAUGAGAAACAAACACAAAUGGAGACGGAAAAGCUAGCGCAAAAGGUGAAUUCUCUCUCCCAGGCGGACAAGCAGCAGAUCUAUCAGAAAGGUUUAGAAUUACGAACGCAGCAAAGUAAACCUCAAGACGCCUCCUGUCUCCCAGCACUGAAAGUCUCUGACAUUGAGCCCAUCAUGCCUUUCACCAAGUUUGACAUCGCCCUCGCAGCUGGAGAUGUCCCUGUGCAGUACUGCCCCCAGCCCACCAACGGCAUGGUCUAUUUCCGAGCCUUUUCCAGCUUAAACACCCUUCCAGAGGAGUUGAGGCCCUAUGUGCCUCUCUUCUGCAGUGUGCUAACCAAGCUGGGUUGUGGCAUCCUUGACUACAGAGAGCAAGCCCAGCAGAUUGAGCUGAAGACAGGAGGCAUGACGGUUUCACCCCACGUGCUCCCUGAUGACUCCCAGCUGGACACCUACGAGCAGGGUGUGCUGUUUUCAUCUCUCUGCCUAGAACGGAACCUGCCAGACAUGAUGCAUCUGUGGAGUGAAAUAUUUAACAACCCGUGCUUUGAAGAAGAAGAGCACUUCAAAGUGUUGGUGAAGAUGACAGCUCAGGAGCUCUCCAACGGCAUUCCCGACUCGGGGCAUCUCUAUGCAUCCCUCAGAGCGAGCAAGACACUCACGCCUUCAGGGGACUUAAAGGAGACCUUCGAUGGGAUGGAUCAGGUGAGGCUGAUGAAAAGAAUUGCAGAAAUGACAGACAUCAAGCCCAUCCUGAGAAAGCUCCCCCGGAUCAAGAAAUACCUACUAAACUGUGAUAACAUGAGAUGCUCAGUCAAUGCCACCCCUCAGCAGAUGCCUCAGGCAGAGAAAGAGGUGGAAAACUUCCUUAGAAAUGUUGGCCGCAGCAAAAAGGAGCGGAAACCUGUUCGCCCCCAUAUUGUCGAGAAACCUACACACAGUGGCUCCCGGGGCAGUGCGCAUGUUAGCGGCUCCCAGAUCAUCAGAAAGCUGGUAACAGACCCCACCUUCAAACCCUGCCAGAUGAAGACGCAUUUCGUGCUGCCCUUCCCUGUGAACUAUGUUGGCGAGUGUGUCAGAACCGUCCCCUAUGCUGACCCAGAUCAUGCCAGUCUUAAGAUCCUUGCCCGUUUAAUGACAGCGAAAUUCCUGCAUACAGAAAUCCGAGAAAAGGGGGGUGCCUAUGGUGGAGGUGCUAAACUCAGCCACAGUGGGAUUUUCACACUUUACUCUUACAGGGAUCCAAACUCCAUAGAAACCCUCCAGUCUUUUGCGAAGGCUGUAGACUGGGCUAAGUCUGGAAAGUUCACCCAGCAGGACAUUGAUGAAGCCAAGCUUUCUGUUUUCUCCGCUGUGGAUUCUCCUGUUGCCCCAUCGGCUAAAGGAAUGGACCACUUCUUGUAUGGCCUCUCGGAUGAGAUAAAGCAGGCUUACCGGGAACAGCUGUUUGCUGUCAGCCAUGACAAACUCACCUCUGUGAGCCAUAAGUACCUUGGCAUCGGGAAGAGCACACACAGCCUGGCUAUACUCGGACCAGAGAACCCAAAAAUUGCCAAAGACCCAUCAUGGAUCGUAAGAUAAUGAGUUUCGCAUAUUUCCGAGUCUCCUUUAAGAAAUCAGAGGCUCUUAAAAACUGAGCCUCUGAACCACAAGGGUUGCUGGUUUAUUUUUUGUUGUUCUAAAAAUCAUAGAUAUAUUAAAAAUCUGACCAAAGAUGUCUAUCAACUUACAAGUUGGGCAAAACCUUCAGAAAAUACUGUGACGAAGAAAUUCAUUGACAUUAUCAUGCAUUAAAUGGCAAAAGUGAACAAAUUAAAGUUCUGAAAUGUUACUAAGCCUAGAACAUUUAUUUUGAGAAUAAAAGUCACCUCUGACCUACC